UUAUGACGUCAUUUCCGGUAGCUUUUUACCUUUUAUUUAGCCUUUUGUGGAUUAUCUUAGCCUUGUUUCAUUGUAUACACUGUUUUACCCCUUUUUGUAAAACUGAUCGAGACAUUCGUAUCAUCACAGAGACGGAUGAAGAGCUUCUGCGUCUGCUGAAACGCCAGUGAAGAUCAUCAUGUCUGCAGAGCUGGACUUGUCCCCCCCGGAGGUCCCGGAGCCCACCUUGCUGGAGAGUUUACUGCGCUAUGGGCUGUUUCUGGGCGCCAUCUUCCAGCUCAUCUGCAUUCUUGCUGUCAUCUUCCCCACGUCCAAGAGCCACGAACAGGAGGAGUUGGAGUUCAGCGACGGUAAAACUGCUGAACACAUGAAAAAACCUAAAGGACCAGCAGCUCAGAUUCGACAGAAAACAAAGAAAGAGAGCAAGAAGAAGAGAUAAACUGAUGUGUGUGUUUUACCCGACUGUAAAAGUGGCUCUCCUUUUUCAUUAUCAGUGAAUAUUAUAAUAUAUAGUAGUCAUAUUACAACACUACAUUUUAAACCCUUCAAAAUGACCUACAGAUGUUGUCCUGGUUACAGUCUUGGUGUUAGCUUACCGUCAUGUGACUAAAUAUGUUUGUUUUGCACACGGUUUCCUAAAUAAAUGAUUAUCACUGAAUCAAUGACAUUCAGAUUAUGGGGGUAUAAUAAAAUUACUUAGUCAUGCACUUUAUCUAUCAUUAGUCAUUUCCAAGGUUUCAGUGCAGUUAAAUGAGUCAAUAUGAUACAUCAGGACAUCAGUCAUUUCAGGUGGGGUACGACAUUUAUGGAUGAGAUCACCUUUGAAACUAAACAGGAAAGCAGGAGCGCUGGCUCCUCCUCCAGGGCUUCAGGAGAACAUGCCACAUCAUGAAGAUCCAAGCUUCUCACCGGGCCACCCUACUUAAUGUGCUGUGUUGUGGUUUUGGGGCCAGGAUACCUCUACUCCUUUUUGUAGUUCAUCGAGCCAGGGCUGUCUAUGAAGAAACUUUUUUUUUUUUUUUUAGCAGAUGGUGAGAUGAGUGAUGUGUGCAACACAUUACGGAGAAUCUCUUAACCUGCCUUUGACCCUCAAAGGAAAAUUACAUUGUUCUAUCAAAUGAUAUAAAACUUCAUUGUUUGGUCUCCUGCUC